UCGCGGGGCAGUGGACGCAGGGGACCUCCUGGCGACGGGUGCGUUCUUGUGCUCCAGGGAUCCUCCCGCUCCCCCAUCCUACCCUCUUCUCUUCGCUCCCCCAAGGUCGGGGAAGGAGCUGAGGCCGGGUCCCCUUCCCACUCAGCCCGAGACACUGCGCUCCGGUGGGAGUCCCUGCCGUGGGAACCCUGGAAAGGGCCUGGGGAGGCGGGGGUGGGCCCGGCGCGGGUAGGGCCGCAGUCCCGCUGGAAAGCGCUGGUGGUUGGUGAUUCCGGAUGCAAAUGGCCUCGCUCGGAAAAGGAACGCCCGGACGAGACAAGCGGCCCCAGCCGGCCAUUCCCAGAGCCGCGCGCCUACGGGACGCAGGGGCUCGAGAACAGCAAGUCCCGCAGCGGGUGGGGGAGGGAGGCGGGGCAGGAGCGGGACCCUCCCCUCCCUAGGCUCGGCUCGCGACCAGCCGGCGCCACUUCAGACGCAGCCCUCCCGGCUCCGGCCCCUCUCCAGCGCCUGCUCCAGCUCCUGUUCCGCGCGCAGCCUCCCGGGCCUGGCCUCUGGAAGCCCCGCCCAGGGACAUGGCGGGGGCCUAACCUGCCUCCAGCCGCUGGCUCCGCCCACCCAGCCCGUGGGCUCCCGGACGCCCGCCCAGCCGACGAAAACGCCGUGGCCGCGAUGGCGGCGGACGUCGAGGGGUACGUGUAUGUGCUGGUGGAGCACCCCUUCGAGUACACCGGCAAGGACGGACGCCGCGUAGCCAUCCAGCCCAACGAGCGCUACCGGCUGCUGCGCCGCAGCACCGAGCACUGGUGGCACGUGCGGCGCGAGCCUGGGGGCCGCCCCUUCUACCUACCAGCGCAAUAUGUGCGCGAGCUGCCGGCACUCGGCAGUGCCACCACCGCCCCGCCGCCGCCCGCGCCGCUCCCGGGCCCCGCAGCUCCCGAGCCUCUCGCCUACGACUACCGGUUCGUGAGCGCGUCGGCGUCCGCGGGCCCUGACGGCGCCCCCUCCGAGCCCCGGGGCCGUGCCAGCUCCCUGUGCGGCCCCGCGCGACGCAGUGGCGCGACCCCGCGUAGCAACCUGGCGCCCGGCCUGCCCGCCUGCCUGUAUGUGCGGCCCUCGGCGCCCGUGCGGCCAGCGCAGUCCCUGGACGACCUGGCACGCGCCACCGCCGUGCCUCCUGCCGGCCUCCUCGGGAGCGCAGGGCGCUUCAAGGCCUGCAGCGUGGCGGGCUCCUGGGUGUGCCCGCGGCCCCUGGCGCGCAGCGACUCGGAAAAUGUCUACGAGGCCAUCCUGGACGUGCGCGGCCCGCAGCGGGAGGAGAGCCCCGAGCAGGUGGACGAACCCCCGGAGCCCGUGUACGCGAACGUAGAGAGGCAGCCUCGGGCCACUUCGCCGGGCGCUGCCGCGGUCCCGCACCCCAGCCCGGUGUGGGAGACGCACACGGACGCCAGCACGGGGCGUCCCUACUACUACAACCCGGACACGGGAGUGACGACCUGGGAGUCACCCUUUGAGACUGCCGAGGGCUCCGCUAGCCCAGCCACCUCCCCGACCUCGGUGGGCAGCCGCGAGAGCCUGGAGACCGAGUGGGGCCAGUACUGGGAUGAGGAGAGCCGCAGGGUGUUCUUCUACAACCCCCUGACCGGCGAGACCGCCUGGGAGGACGAGCCGGAGGACGAAGAGCUGGAGAUGCAGCCGAGCUUGAGCCCCGGCAGCCCCAGGGACCCGAGGCCCCCCACCCCCGAGACGGACUACCCCGAGUUGCUGACCAGCUACCCGGAGGAAGACUAUUCCCCCGUGGGCUCCCUCGGUGAGCCCGGCCCCACCUCUCCCUUGACCACACCCCCCGGCUGGUCUUGUCACAUCAGCCAGGACAAGCAGACGCUUUACACCAACCACUUCACCCAAGAGCAGUGGGUGAGGUUGGAGGACCAGCACGGGAAACCGUACUUCUACAACCCAGACGACUCCUCCGUCCGGUGGGAGCUGCCCCAGGUCCCUGUGCCUGCCCCUCGAAGCAUCCGAAAAUCCAGCCAGGACAGUGACACUCCAGCCCAGACCAGCCCUCCUGAGGAGAAGAUCAAGACCCUGGACAAGGCAGGGGUGCUGCAUCGCACCAGGACGGUGGACAAGGGAAAGCGGCUCCGGAAGAAGCACUGGAGUGCCUCCUGGACGGUGCUGGAGGGUGGUGUCCUGACAUUCUUCAAGGACUCAAAGACCUCAACUGCAGUUGGCCUGAGGCAGCCCUCCAAGUUCUCCACCCCUGAGUACACGGUGGAGCUGAAGGGGGCCUCUCUCUCCUGGGCCCCCAAAGACAAAUCCAGCAAGAAGAAUGUGCUGGAGCUACGGAGCCGAGAUGGCUCGGAGUACCUGAUCCAGCACGACUCAGAGGCCAUCAUCAGCACCUGGCACAAGGCCAUCGCCCAGGGCAUCCAGGAACUGGUCCCUUGUCCCAUCCCGGAAGGACCCCCAGCUGGCCCAUGGCCCUGCCUCUCUGAAGCUCUGCGAUUGCAGUCCGCAGACUUGCCCCCGGAGGAGGAAAGUGAGAGCGGCAGUGUGGACUUCGGGUCCAGUGAGCGCCUGGGGAGCUGGCAGGAGAAAGAGGAUGACACGCGGCUGAGUACAGGCGCGUCCGCCCUGGUCCCCGGGGGUCUGGAGAGCGACCGGAAGAAGGUCCGGCACAAGCUCCGCAAGUUUCUGCAGAGGCGGCCCACGCUGCAGUCGCUGCGGGAGAAGGGCUACAUCAAAGACCAGGUGUUCGGCUGUGCCCUGGCAGAGCUGUGCGAGCGCGAGCGCAGCCCGGUGCCGCGCUUCGUGCAGCAGUGCAUCCGCACCGUCGAGGCGCGCGGGCUGGACAUCGACGGGCUGUACCGCAUCAGUGGAAACCUGGCCACUAUCCAGAAGCUGCGCUAUAAGGUGGACCACGAUGAGCGCCUCGACCUGGACGACGGACGCUGGGAGGACGUGCACGUUAUCACCGGCGCGCUGAAGCUCUUCUUCCGGGAGCUGCCCGAGCCCCUCUUCCCCUUCUCACACUUCCGCCAGUUCAUCGCGGCCAUCAAGUUGCAGGACCAGGCCCAGCGCAGCCGCUGUGUGGGUGACCUGGUGCGCUCGCUGCCCGCCCCCAACCACGACACGCUGCGGCUGCUCUUCCAGCACCUGUGCCGGGUGAUCGAGCACGGCGAGCAGAACCGCAUGUCGGUGCAGAGCGUGGCCAUCGUGUUCGGGCCCACGCUGCUGCGGCCGGAGACAGAAGAGACCAGCAUGCCCAUGACCAUGGUGUUCCAGAACCAGGUGGUGGAGCUCAUCCUGCAGCAGUGCUCGGAUAUCUUCCCGCCGCACUGACUGCGGACCUGGGACUGGGGGCGGCUGGAGGCCACCUGGCUGGACUUCGCCAAGACCCUCCGCCUCCCACCCGUCUGCAGGCGGUUGUGACGUUCGCACCGCUCCCCCCACCCACCCACCCCCGCCCCGGGUCCGAGGCUAUGGUGACCCCUGGUGGGCAAAAUGUGAUUUUUCUGGGGCAUGUCCCUUAACCGGGUUCUGCUUUCUAUCGCGGCGCCGCCCGCUGUGCGCCUGCGACAGUGUGUGGGGGUGAGUUUGCUGGGAGGGACCGCAUUGGGAGGAGGAAUUUGGUGAGGGGCUUCCUGGCUGCUUCAGGCCUUCACCAAGACCCCGUGUGCCCCAGCCCUGUGCGGACCAUGAAGCAGCUGAGACACCUUCCCCGCUGCCCAAACAGGACUAACCUGGCCUCCAGCGUGGGCAGCCGGACCUGCCUUCCUCAGGCCUCGGGGGUGACACUGCCGCGGGCCCCUCUGGCAGGCUGGCUGCGGACCAGUUUCAGCUGCCUUCCUGUCCCCGCUCCAUGCUCCUGCCCUCCCUGGCCCACUCGUGUUCUGUGCAAGGGUUCUUCAUGGUGGCUAAAUAUGCACCAUUUCCACACACCAUCCCAUUUUAUAGAUGAGGUGACUGAGGCUUGGAGAGGCAAAGUGACUUAUUCAGGGUCCAGUGGAUGAUGACUUCCCAGAAAAGGCUCCCCUCACACUAGAGCACAGCCAGGGGUGGGGUGGGGUGGGGUGGAGGGAUCAGUCCUUUCAGCUGCCCAACCGCCAACCCCAGCAUGGGCCUGUGAGCAGAGCAAGGGGACUAAGGUGGGUGUUUUCUGUCUGGGCCUGAAGGCAAAGAGGGAACCUGCCCCAGCUGUUCUCCCCUGGGGGACGGGGCAAAGCACUGGCAGGAGCCCCCCGCCCUCUUAGCCCUCUAGCUGUCAAGGAUCCCCGCCUGGUGCCCACCUAACAGGAAGAGGUGGGAGAGUCUGCGGGGUGGGGGGAAAGAAGACGCAAUCCCAGGAUCAGAAGUGUGAACCCUGGAGUCCACAGCCCCUUCCCUCCUGAGACACGAGCCACCUCGGUUUACAGAUCUUGGCCCCCCAGCCCCACCCACCUGUUCAUUUAUUCAAAACAUGACAGCUACUAUUUAUUGGGCAUUUGUACCACACCAAGUAUUUUACCUGGCCUAUCUCAUUGUCCCUCACAGCCAAUAUUUAUUGUCUGCUCUUCUGUGCCAGGCACUGUGCCCUGGGGCGGGGACUGCACACGCUGCCUGCCCUGGUGGAGCCUAUGGUCCGGCGGGUGGGGCCGACCCACGCCCACCCCAGUGCCAGCGGGGCCAGGGCAAGAGUACACACGGAGGCCUCACCCCAUAUGUCUAGACAUUUGGAAGUUACAAAUCAAGUUGGCAACUGUUAAAUAAAAUAUGUUCUAUUCUCCUA